AUGCCGGUACUCGCGCUACAUACACGCGUCGCGAUGUGUUUUUAUUAUUUUGUACUUUUUGUGUUUGCUGUUUUUGUGACUGAUUGUACGGGGUUGACUCCACAAUGCAGGAAUGAAAAGGGAGAACCUGUUGAUUGGUUCUAUGUUUACAAAUUACCGCGGGAAAAGAAUCACCUAAAUCCAUUAGUACGCCGAGGAGUCGCGUACAUGCAUUUGACUCCUUCGAAAUUACGUGGAGGAUGGAUCAUGUCGGACUUGGCCAUCAGUGACCCGAGGUCUAUGGUGGGGAAGACGCUAUCACCGCUGUAUCAGGAUAAAAACAUAAUUUCUUUAAUCUACAAUGAUCAGCCGCCUGCUACUGAAAACCAACCUGAUCUCCUGCAAUCAGUUGCUGAUAUGUAUUCUAAAAGCAAGAGAGGUCAGCAAAAACAAGCAGGUGUGAGAAAGUACAAGAAAUUCAAACUCGGUGACAAGUACUACGAUGACUACGAUUUGGCUGAAAUGUGUAAAAUGCACUCUAAAUUCAUGAAGACUAGAGUUGAAAGUGGACAUACGAAGGGCGUCAUAUUAGGAGACAAGUUUACUUCGCUGUGGCUAGUGCAUUCUGUGCCGAGGUUCCCACCUCUACCUGACUUUAUGAGUGGUCUAAACGUCUCCGGUUACGACUACCCCUCCACUGGAAUGAAAUACGGACAAUCCUUCCUCUGCGUCUCCGUUCAAACAUCAACCCUGAACCAGAUAGCUACCCAGUUGAAGUACAAUGAACCUCUCCUAGUCUACACACACAUACCAGCAGAGUUUGAAAGUGAAUUGCCGAACUUAGUCGAAGUUAUACGAAAUAAGACGAUCGACGCAUCGCCCUGGUACCACAUCGAAAGUUUCGAGACUCUUGUGGGAAGGAAAUUUUUGUCGUUUGCAAAGAGUGCGAUGUUCAAUGAUGACCUGUAUAGCGGUUUGGUGGCAGAGGUGUUGCAGUCUGACCUCCUCGUGGAAUCCUGGACUAAUGGACCUGGCACACUAGACUCUGAAUGUAGUCGGAAUUUCCAAGUGCGAAACAUAGAGCGACUGAAGUUCCCGAUAGCGAAAAUGUCAUUCACGUCCCACAACGAUCACUCCAAGUGGGCGGUGGCGGUGGCACACAAGAUGCACAACAGUCAAGACACCAAGGUUGCAGACUACUGGGUUUGCGUCGGAGACAUUAAUAGAGCGUUACCACAAGAGUCACGCGGUGGCGGUACGGUUUGCACGUCAGGUCCCAUCUUAUGGGGUAACUUUGCUCAUCUUAUAGAAUCUGUACAGACGUGUAAUUAG